AGGCGCGUCUCGCUUCCCAGGGCGGAGCCCGCCAGCCGCAGCUGCCCCCCAGGGAGGCCGGGGGGGGGAGCACGGAGGACCCCUCCCGCCGCGUAGCCAGAGCUGCACGGGGCAGCCCGGUCCGGGGCUGGGCGGGGGGCAGGAGCGCGGCAAGCCGCUUCCCCCGGGCUGCCAGGCGAGGAGGCAGCGUCUGCAGCUGCAGGGCAGCUAUGGACCAUGCUUUCAAGAAACAGGAGGCUCUUUAAUAAUGAUGAAAAGAACAGUUGAUCUUACCACAUCCUGGUUCUCUAGGAAAAAUGGAGGAAGGCAAAAUGACUUCUUCCAGAGGACAGCAUAAGCAUGAGGAUGUUACCAUGCCGAUGUAGGUAUGAACCAUUGUGUCCUGUAAGAUUUAUUUGCUGGCUCUUAUCCUUGAAGAAUGGCUGCCAUGUCUUGUGAAAAUUGUUCCUUUCAAUACUACAGCCAACUCAAUCAACCUCUUGAAGCUAGUUGUAUGCUGCUCCUGAUUAUGCUUGGAAAAGUGUCUCUCAAUCUCUUCAUGUUGGGAGUUAGAAGACGGGAUAUAAAACAAAGUUUUAUGGGAUAUUUCUGUAUUUCACUGGCACUCCUUGACUUCACACUUCUGGUGAAUAUAGCUUUCAUCUCCUAUUUUGAGGACUUUGCACUUUGGGGUAUGAGAUUUACCAAGUACCACAUUUGUCUAUUCACUCAGAUAAUUUCCUUUACGUAUGGUGUCUUGCAUUACCCAGUUUGUCUUGUGUCUGUUCUAGAUUAUUACAUGACUAUAGCUCAAACCCCUAAACCUGCUAGCAUAGGUCAAAGACUAUUUUAUAUACUUGCUGUGGUUUUUAUAUGGAUUUCAGUCCUUUUUUAUAUUCUGAAAGUUCCAGCUGUCUCUGCAGAAUUAGAAAUACAGAACCACUUUUUUACAUGUCCUUUCUAUAUCAGUGUUCAGAGCUACUGGCUAUCAUUAGCCAUCAUGUUUGUCAUAUGUGUGGCUCUUGUGAUUUGUUGGUCAGAAGUUAUAACUAUGGUGCGGUCUGUCAGGAUUAUUUCCUUUACAAGUGAGACUGUUUUAAUCUUUUCAUAUGCAUCUGACUGCGAUUGCACAAUCUGUAAAAAGCAGCUUUUGACAAGACUCCUCAUCUGCUUUCUUGGUACUUGGGCACCUUUUGUUUUCCUUCAGAUGACCAUCUUGUUGCUUGGUGCUCAGAUUCCAGCCUACAUGGAGAUGAACGUCCCCUGGCUAUACUUCAUAAACAGUUUUCUAAUCGCAACAGCAUUCUGGUUUAGGUGUCAUGACAUUCAAUUGACAGAGGGGACAUGGUCUGCAGAUCCAUUUGUCAGUUGGAAAUUCUGCUUCAUCCCAUUUAACAAUCAAAAU